AUCAAGUAAUAUUUUUAUUUCACUUACUUUUAAUUUAGAGUUCAUAAUAAGUUGUGACAAACAAAAAUCGUAAAGGAGUUUGGCUUUUGGUUGAGUUUUUGUUUUUAACAACUACUUAUUAUUAUAUAUCUCUUUGGCCUAAACAUGUGUACUGGAAAAUCAUCAUACACAAAAUCCUCUCCCAAGGUUAUUCAAUAAUUGGUUACUUUUUCUUUAUCUACUUCAAUAAGUGGUUACUUUCGUUGUUACUUUUGUGCACGUAUAUUUGUAUACACACAUUUCACGUAAAUAUUUUCACACGUUUAUGUAUAAUUGGGCACGUUUGUAAUAAUAUAUACAUGAAACUAAAACAAAUUAAAGAGGCUUACAUAUUGACAAAGUGUUUUGUUUCGUGUCUUCAAAGUUUGGGAAAACAAGUCCUACUUCUUCUGUACUCUCCCUGGGUUCCAAUGGUAAAGGAAUGACCAAAGUGGAACCACUCAAAGAAAGAGCCCAUGACAAAACCAAGGCAGCCACGACUAAGAAUAUUACAAAGGCACCAGCAAAAGAGAACAAAAAACCUCUCGAGUUCAAGCUUCAUUCUGGCGAGAGAGCAGUGAAACGUGCAAUGUUCAACUAUUCGGUUGCAACUAAUUAUUACAUCCAGAAACUUCAGAAAAAACAAGAAGAGAGGUUGCAAAAGAUGAUAGAAGAGGAAGAGAUUCGCAUGUUGAGGAAGGAAAUGGUUCCAAAAGCUCAAUUGAUGCCUUUCUUCGACAGACCUUUUCUCCCACAAAGAUCGAGCAGACCAUUGACGAUGCCAAAAGAACCAAGCUUUGGAAACGUAAACAGCACUUGUUGGACUUGUGUUUUCAACAACCAACACUAUCUUUACCAUAUUAACCAUGCUCAUGCUUAAAUCUCGAGUAACUAGCUCACAUAGAGGCUUUUUUCUAAUUUUCGUUUCAAAUCUUUUUUUCAGUUUACUUUUAUUUUUGUUCUUGGCAGCUUUUGUCUUUUUCUCUUCCCCUCUUCUUUUUUUUCAGUAUAAUAUUCUGUAAUUUUUUUCGUAGAUUAAAUAAACGAGUAAAUGCUGAUUUGAAGUACUAUUGGG